UUUAUUUCACUUGUCGCAGCGCCGCUUGUGUGCAGCUUUUCUCGUUACCGCCUUGUGUUCAUCUACUUGCAGUGGCAGUCGGCCGCUCCGCUAUGGCUACCAUGGUAUCCACGUGUAUUCUACGAAAAGUACACCACUUGUCGACCAUGUAUACGCUAUUAGCGACAGCAUGGCUGCUGGCGGCCUCAGAAUACGCGGCGGUAAUGGCUAUCUCAAGGGAUUCCGUAACAACGCCGCCAAACAUCAUCUUCAUAGUGGCUGAUGAUCUGGGCUGGAAUGACGUUAGUUUCCACGGCUCCGAUCAGAUUCCUACGCCCAACAUCGACGCCUUGGCAUACCACGGCGUCAUCCUCAACAGUCAUUACGUGCAGCCUGUGUGUACACCUUCGAGAUCAGCUCUCAUGACUGGGAAGUACCCUAUCCGCACAGGUAUGCAGGGGCAGCCCAUUUCUCCCGCUCAGCUUCGCGCGCUGCCCGAGGGCAAGAUCCUGCCGCAGUACCUCAAGGACCUGGGCUACGUCACCAGAGCUGUGGGCAAGUGGCACCUCGGCCACCACUCAAAGAAGUACACGCCAACGUACCGCGGGUUCGACUCACACCUCGGCUACUGGAGUGGUCUGGUUGGCUACUAUGACUUCAUAAUCCAAUCUGGAAACAUGAGCGGCUACGACAUGCGAGACAACAUGCGGACGGCGUGGGAGUACUCUGGCCGCUACGUGACGGACGUGUUCACGGAGGAGGCGGAGAGGCUGAUAGCUGAGCACGACACUGGGAGGCCGCUCUUCCUUUACCUGGCGCACCUCGGCUGCCACGCCGGAGUGGCCGCCAAGUGGCUGGACGCUCCGCAGCAGGUGGUCAAUGCCUUCGGCCACGUCUCGGACCCCAACCGCCGGCUCUACGCAGCCGUGAUGUCAAAGGUGGACGAGUCGGUUGGACGUGUGGCGGCGGCGCUGCAGCAGCGCGGCAUGCUGGAGAACUCCAUCAUUGUCUUCAUUGCCGAUAAUGGCGCCCCUUCGUCAGGCCAGUACAACAACUGGGGCUCCAACUAUCCACUGAGAGGGAUUAAGAACACCCUGUGGGAAGGCGGAGUGAGAGGAGUCGCUGCCGUCUGGAGCCCGCUGCUGGACAACACGCCCAGGGUGUCCAACCAGCUGAUGCACGUCACAGACUGGCUGCCCACGCUAUACGCAGCAGCAGGAGGCAAUGCAUCUUCCCUUCCGGAGGACCUGGACGGCGUGAAUGAGUGGCCUCAGCUGGUGACUGGCUUCGGAUCUCCGCGGUCAGAACUCCUGAUCAACGUUGACGAAGUGGUUGGCAACGCCGCCAUACGACUGGACGAUUGGAAGCUCGUCAGAGGCCGGCAGAACAGCGCUUCCGACACUGGCUACCAGGGGUCGACUGGCCGGGAGAACGCUGUCUACACCCCAGUCUACACUCCAGAGCAGGUGCUGUCCAGCGCCGCGGGCCGGGCCAUCUCCAGCACGCUGGGCAACUCCACUCCAGCCGAGGUGAUGCUGAGGCUCCGCGCAGAGGCCACCGUCUCCUGUCCUGACCGCCCCCAGCAGCCGCGGUGCGCCGUCGUCAACGGCAGCGACGUUUGCGUCUUCAACGUCAGCCGCGACCCGUGCGAGGCGGGCGACGGCGCGGCCUCCGAGGAGGUGCUGUCCAUGCUGCUGGAGCGCCUGGAGGCGCUGUCGCAGCCAAUUCUGCCCCAGCAGGACUCGACCACGUACCCCGGCCUGGCCGAUCCCAGGCGCUGGAACAACACCUGGGUGCCAUGGACCGACUGCCUCGUCGACGCUACGGACGAGGCCUGCAACGUUGUCGCAAACACCACAAGACUGAACAGCGUAGUAUGACCGCGGAAUCUACACGACGGCUGAUGGCGUCACAGCCGAUCUGUAACUGCCCGCAGUCAUUGAGAUUGAGUCUUCUUACAGAUGCCUUGCCCUUACAUAAAGUGGGAUAGUGAUAAUAUACAAAAUUCCUGCAGACUGUAGAGAGCAUAACUCAGUGCCGAUACAGUUACAAUAGUUGGACUCAGAAGCAAGGUUUCUGCCACUUCUCUGCCUCCACGCUUAAUCUGAUCUUAAUUUCUCUAUGCUACCCUCUAAUCUCCCCCUAUCAUGCUCGGUCCCUCUCUUUUAUUCUUCCUUCCUCUGCGUUUCAACGUGAAGUGAACUGCCGCUAUCUGAAAUUACUACAGUUUUGUAAUCGAAAAUCACAAAAUUGAGGAUGUUCUAUAGUACUGAUGCGUUUUGUUGACCAGUUUUAGACUUAUAUGGACGUCAUCAGCCUGUCGCUGUCAAAAACAAUGCAAUACUGGUGAACAACCUGACAAACGUAUUACACGUGGACGCCGAGGAGCAAACACAGAGUAAAUGUCAUCUUCGACCUCGGAGUGGCAACGUAACUGAAAAUGUAACGGUGAACGGUAAAUAAGUGGAACUAACUACAAAAAUAUA